AUGUCUGAUGAAUUGUUUAAUAAAGAUCAACUCGAAGUAUUGGAAGAUAAAGAGAAAGAUGAUAAAGGCAGUCAAAACAGUCAUAUAAUAUAUGACGAACUAUUUAAUGAGGAUCAACUUGAAGUAUUAGAAGAUAAAGAAGAUGAUAAUGAAGUAAUUCAUCAAGGAAAUCGUCAUGUCUACUUUUCACUCAAGCCUCCAACUAAUGUUUCAGAUAUUCAGUAUAAUCCCAAAAACCUUCCAUUACGAAAACAUAAAAAUUAUAUACAAGAUGUUACAACUAUAGAAAAUAUGAAUGGAUCAUCACGUAAACGCAAAAUGCGAGCGAAAG